AACUUGAUCAGCUGCUAUGCGCCCACACUAAGAGCAUCGGAGAAAGAAAAAGAUCGUUUCUAUGAACAGCUUAACACAGUUGUGAACGCGACGCUUUUUGAACACCAGUUGUUUGUGCUGGGUGACUUCAACGCACGAGUGGGUGUAGUUCACGACAUAUGGCGUGGGGUACUGAGGCGAAAUGGGGUUGGUAAAGUGAAUUCAAAUGGAAUCAGGCUUUUUGAGUUCUGCGCAGUUCAAAAGCUGGCUGUGACAAACACGGUCUUCCAACAGUCAAACAAGCUAAAGACUACAUGGAUG